UCCCAGUUGAUGGCGGUAAUCUGUAAACUAAAAUACCAUAGAAGAAGAAGCAGCAGCAGCAGCUAGCUGGUUCCGAGGUUCGUUGAGUUCAGUGAGAAGCAGAGAACCAUGGCCUACCAGCUGUACCGGAACACCACGCUGGGAAACAGCCUCCAGGAGAGUCUGGACGAACUCAUCCAGACCCAGCAGAUAACCCCCCAGCUGGCCCUGCAGGUCCUGCUGCAGUUCGACAAGGCCAUCAACGCGGCGCUGGCCAGCCGGGUCCGGAACAGGGUCAACUUCAGGGGCUCCCUGAACACCUACAGGUUCUGUGACAAUGUGUGGACGUUUGUUCUGAACGACGUGGAGUUCAGGGAGGUGACGGAGCUGGUGAAGGUCGACAAGGUCAAGAUCGUCGCCUGCGAUGGAAAGAACUCGGGUUCCAACGCUGCAGAGUGACGCUCCUCCAUCAGCCGGACUGUACAUAUAAUUUAUACAGCAGUUACUCUGUGUGUGUGUGUGUGGGGGGGGGGGGGGGUGUUUUUUAUUCAUAUCAGGAUGUGUGUGUUCCGUUUGUCGAAGCAUCUUUAAUAAUAAAAGU